AUGGCAGAGGCGCCAGAGAGCGGCGGGGAAAGACAGGCAGCAGGAGCCACUAGUGGGGGGCCAGCGGGACCCGCAGGUGGGCGGGCAGCAGGAGGCCCGGGAGAGGAGCCGGCAGCCGCCGGUGGGGACGGGGCAGCAGGAGCUGCAGAGCGGAGGGCAGCAGCAGCUGCAGAGCGGAGGGCAGCAGCAGCUGCAGAGCGGAGGGCAGCAGCAGCUGCAGAGCGGAGGGCAGCAGCAGCUGCAGAGGGGAGGGCAGCAGCAGCUGCAGAGCGGAGGGCAGCAGCAGCUGCAGAGCAGAGGGCAGCAGCAGCUGCAGAGCGGAGGGCAGCAGCAGCUGCAGAGCGGAGGGCAGCAGCAAGGUCAGAGCGGAGGGCAGCAGCAGCUGCAGAGCGGAGGGCAGCAGCAGCUGCAGAGCGGAGGGCAGCAGCAGCUGCAGAGCGGAGGGCAGCAGCAGCUGCAGAGCGGAGGGCAGCAGCAGCUGCAGAGCGGAGGGCAGCAGCAGCUGCAGAGCGGAGGGCAGCAGCAACUGCAGAGCGGAGGGCAGCAGCAGCUGCAGAGCGGAGGGCAGCAGCAGCUGCAGAGCGGAGGGCAGCAGCAGCUGCAGAGCGGAGGGCAGCAGCAGCUGCAGAGCGGAGGGCAGCAGCAGCUGCAGAGCGGAGGGCAGCAGCAGCUGCAGAGCGGAGGGCAGCAGCAGCUGCAGAGUGGAGGGCAGCAGCAGCUGCACAGCGGAGGGCAGCAGCAGCUGCACAGCGGAGGGCAGCAGCAGCUGCAGAGCGGAGGGCAGCAGCAGCUGCAGAGCGGAGGGCAGCAGCAGCUGCAGAGCGGAGGGCAGCAGCAACCGCAGAGCGGAGGGCAGCAGCAGCUGCAGAGCAGAGGGCAGCAGCAGCUGCAGAGCGGAGGGCUGGAGCUUGCAAGGCUGCCAGAGGGGGGCAUGGAGACGGAGUCGAGCAGAAGGGUCUUGCCGGCGUGUUCGAGUGGAGAGGAGCUCCCAGAUCCUACACUGACACCCCAGCCCCGCAUCCCGUGCGAAACCUGUUAUCGCACUUUCACGGAGAGAGGAAAGGCCACACGCCAUAUGUCGGCCUGCAGGGCAGCGGACGCCCAGCGUCGUGCUCAGGCGCUUGGGUUGACCCGUGA